AGAUUGCAGUGCAUUGAGAAUGAGAAAAUAAAAUUAAUAGAGAAAAAAACUAGCCGUUAGACAUUGUAAGAAGAAAGAGCUCCUGCAUCUUAAUGCUCCUUCCUGACAAUUUCUCUCUCCCAAUACAAGAUUCUCUCUCUCUCUCUCUCUCUCUCUCUCUCUCUCUCUCUCUUAGAGGCAUACCCACGUGCUCUAUCACAGUCACAGUAACCCCACCUCUGAGUCUCAGCUACUUAAUCUCCCAAGUGAUUUUUGCUCCUGUUUCAUUCCACAUUUUCUUUCUCUUUAAUUUUGAAAUGCACCCUUCCUUGCCUCUUAUUAAGCAAUAACUCAAGCAAAACUAGCUUGAGAGAGGAAAAAAAUAGGGAAAACCAAUAUAGAUGUUCUUUCUUCUUUUUCUUCAAUUUCAUUUUUUGUGUUUUUUGCUAAUGGUUAUAGAGAACAAAAACAAAGUUUUAGAGAGAUUCUACAACUACCCUUUUGACAUUCUUCGCUUUACGAUGCAAAGAGAGGCAGAUUGGCACCGCAUUUCGGAUAAAAAGAAAGAAAAAUGGAAGAUUUCUCAGUGUUUAACCCACAACCAACUAUUGGUAUUUCUUCUGCUACUGAUUUGGGUUUUUCAGCCUGUUUCAAGCCAGAUUUGGGACGGUGUAGUUGUCACAGAAGCUGAUUAUGAAGCACUUGAAGCAUUCAAAAAUGAAUUGGAUGACCCAAAAGGGUUCUUGAGGAGCUGGAAUGGCAGUGGUUAUGGAGCUUGCUCUGGCGGCUGGGUUGGAAUCAAGUGUGCUCAGGGACAGGUCAUUGUAAUCCAGCUUCCAUGGAAGGGACUUGGUGGCCGACUCUCAGAGAAGAUCGGCCAACUUCAGGCUCUUCGAAAGCUAAGCCUCCAUGACAAUCUCAUUGGCGGUUCGAUUCCUUCCUCAUUAGGCUAUCUUCCCAACCUCAGAGGUGUUCAACUUUUCAACAAUCGGUUUUCAGGUUCUGUCCCUCCUUCAUUAGGUUUCAGUCCUUUGCUGCAGACCCUUGAUCUCAGUAACAAUUCACUCACGGGGUCUAUCCCACCUAGUCUUGUAAACUCUACCAAGCUUUUCAGACUCAGCCUUAGCUUCAAUUCGUUUUCUGGUUCUAUCCCACUUAGUCUCACUAGCUCUCAUUCCCUCUCCUUUCUUGCUCUCCAACACAACAAUCUCUCUGGUCCCAUUUUGGACUCUUGGGGGGUAUCUCGUCUUCAGUCCCUAACCCUUGAUCACAAUUUCCUCUCAGGAACCAUUCCUGCUUCUUUAGGCAGGUUAAGGGAGCUCCAAGAGCUUUCUCUAAGCAAUAACCAGUUUAAUGGAGUAAUACCUAAUGAAAUAGGUAGUCUUUCUAGGCUUACAACUUUGGAUUUUUCAAACAAUGCCAUUAAUGGAAGCUUGGCUUCAGGUCUUUUUAAUUUAUCCUCACUUGUUGUUUUGAACCUGGAAAGGAACAAACUUGAUAACCCAAUCCCAGAAGAAAUUGGGAGACUGCAUAACCUUUCUGUUCUCAACCUGAAGGGAAACCAAUUUGUGGGUCCAAUCCCUGCAUCAGUUGGAAACAUUUCCAAACUUACACAGCUUGAUUUGUCUCACAACAAUCUCAGUGAAGGAAUUCCUGCUUCUGUUGCUGAUUUAUCAAAUCUUAAUCUCCUCAAUGUCUCUUACAACAACCUCUCAGGUUCUGUUCCCACUCGUCUUUCCCAAAAGUUCAAUUCAAGCUCUUUUGUGGGGAAUAUUCAGCUUUGUGGAUAUAGUGGUUCAGCUCCAUGCCCUUCUCAAGCACCUUCUCAAAGUGUCAUACGUCCACCUUCUGAGAUAUCGAAACACCAUCGUCGCCACAAACUAAGCACGAAAGACAUAAUUCUCAUUGCAGCAGGAGCUCUCCUUGUAGUUCUGCUUGUAAUUUGUUGCAUAUUGUUAUGGUGCUUGUUAAGAAAAAGAACUUCAUCAAAUUCAAAGAAUGGUCAGACCGCCGGAAGAGGAGGAGCCGCUACUGCAAGGACCGAAAAGGGGGUUCCGCCAGUUGCUGGUGAAGUAGAAUCAGGUGGAGAGGCUGGAGGAAAACUAGUCCAUUUUGAUGGACCAAUCGUCUUCACAGCAGAUGAUCUUUUGUGUGCAACAGCUGAGAUUAUGGGGAAAAGCACUUAUGGAACUGUAUAUAAAGCCACACUAGAAGAUGGACAUCAAGUUGCAGUGAAGAGACUGAGAGAAAAAAUCACUAAAAGCCAAAGGGAAUUCGAGACAGAAGUCAAUAUGCUAGGCAAAAUCAGACACCCAAACCUUCUUGCUUUGAGAGCCUAUUACAUGGGUCCUAAAGGAGAGAAACUGCUUGUUUUCGAUUACAUGCCAAAAGGGAGUCUCGCAGCAUUUCUCCAUGCUCGAGGACCUGACACUCCAAUCGCUUGGCCAACAAGAAUGCGAAUAGCUCAGGGAAUGACUAGGGGCUUAUUCUACCUCCAUUCUAAUGAGAACAUCAUACAUGGAAAUCUCACAUCAAGCAAUAUCCUUCUUGAUGAACAUACAAAUGCUAGAAUUGCAGAUUUUGGUCUCUCCAGGCUGAUGACUGCUGCAGCCAAUUCUAAUGUGAUAGCAACUGCUGGAGCACUGGGUUACCGUGCACCGGAGCUCUCAAAGUUGAAAAAGGCCAGCACAAAAACAGAUGUUUACAGCCUUGGGGUCAUCAUAUUGGAGCUGCUGACAGGGAAAUCUCCUGGUGAGGCGAUGAACGGUGUGGAUUUGCCUCAGUGGGUUGCUUCCAUUGUUAAAGAAGAGUGGACGAACGAAGUUUUCGACGUGGAGUUGAUGAGGGAUGCAUCAAGUAUAGGCGAUGAAUUACUAAACACGCUAAAACUGGCUUUGCAUUGUGUUGAUCCUUCACCAUCAGCAAGACCAGAAGUCCAACAGGUUCUUCAGCAACUAGAAGAGAUUAGACCUGAAACAGCACCCAGUUCUGGUGAUGAUGGAGCAGGAGUUCCCUCAACUAGUGAAUGAGGAAAAAAGAAAAAUGGAUUCCAGAUGUUUGGGCUCUGUAUUUCGGAUGUAGAACAAGUAUUUAGGAGGAAGAGAAACUAGUUAAUGAUUCUUUCAUUCUUCAGUAUUAGUUUUGUUUCGUUUUAGAUUAGAUCACAUUAGUGAUCUUGCUGUAAAUACAUGUUUUCUUUCUAAUCUUUUUUUAAAAGUGUGUUUUAGUA